AUGCGCCUUCUUCGCACGGAGGUAUCGGCAGGACGUCUUCAGCUGUGUGAAUUUUCGGACGAUGCGAUCCCCGAGUACGCCAUCCUGUCGCACACGUGGGGCGAGGACGAAGUCACCCUCCAAGACAUCCGGGCGGAAGCGCGCCAGCUCGGCCAUUUAAGUGGCUACGAGAAAAUCCUGAACUGCUGCGCUCGCGCCAAAGCCGACGGUCACGACUAUGUCUGGAUUGACACGUGCUGCAUCGACAAGACAAGCAGUGCCGAGCUGUCCGAGACCAUCAAUUCCAUGUACCGCUGGUACGAGCGAGCCGGGCAGUGCUAUGCCUUUCUAGCCGACGUGCCCUCUAAGUCGUCCUUCUCCGAAAGCCGGUGGUUCACCCGAGGAUGGACUCUGCAAGAACUCAUCGCCCCUCCAACCGUCGUCUUUGUCGAUGGAAAUUGGAACGACCUGGGCACCAAGGUGACACUCCAGCAGGACAUCUCACGCCGCACCAACAUAUCUCCUGGCGUUCUUGCCGGGAACGUGAGCGACGCCAGCGUCGCGCAGAAAAUGUCGUGGGCCGCGGGACGGCAGACCACGCGGGCCGAAGAUACGGCUUAUUGUCUGAUGGGGCUUUUUGGUGUUAACAUGCCGCUGCUCUAUGGCGAAGGAGAAAGGGGCUUUCUUCGGCUCCAAGAAGAAAUCAUCAAGAUCUCCGAUGACCACAGCAUCCUGGCCUGGCAGUCCCGUGACAACCGUGGGGGGCUCCUGGCAACGGGGCCUGCAGCAUUUGCCGAAUCAGGCGACAUUGUGGUCCGGCACCCCCCUGUGUCCGACGACAGGUCGCUGACUAUCAACAGCAGAGGGGCGCAUCUCAAUAUCCCCUUCAUGGGCUUACUUCAGAGUGGGGUUGGCCUUGGGCUCCUCAACUGCACCAAGGUUGGCAGCGGAAACGGCGUAGUCGGCGUCUUCCUUCUCGACCGGCAUCUCGACAUGAACCGUCUCGAGCGAACUCGGACAUGGGAAUUUGCCGUCAUAGAUGUGUCCAAGAUUGGUCCCUCACAGCGUCCUGUGAGACGGAUAUGCGCCAAACUGGGACGGCUGGAGCAUACUUGGUCGCGGCGUUCUGUGAAGCCCGCGAAGGCCGCGGCCUCAUUGGAGGAGGGCGAUUUUGACGACUCGCAAAUCCCCGACCUCUUCUUAGUGCUGUCAGGGUAUUCCGGCAUGCGGAACGACGAUAAAACCAGGGCGUCUCUCCUUCAGCUCGCCUCACUUGGAGAUGGAGAUGGAGUCUGUCGUUACCUGGCCUCCGGGAUCCUGUCUGCGGAUCUGCGGGACGACAAGGGGCGGACAGCGCUUAUGCGUGCUGCCGAAAGUGGGCACAUGGGUGUUGUGUGGCUGCUUUUGGCCCGGAGCGAUGUCUCGCCUAGUGCCAAGGACAAUGCCGGGAUGACGGCCCUCUCGUUGGCGGCGAGGAAGGAUCGUCGGGACGUGGUCAAGGCUCUCAUGGCCCGGAGUGACAUGCAACAGCACCUGGUCGACGGCUUUGGACGCACGCUGCUCUCGCACGCCGCCCAGGCGGGCCAGGAGUUGCUGGUCGAAUAUCUGCUCCUCACAGGCACGUUUGAACCGGAUGCACAAGAUCUCGACGGACGACGCGUCAUUCAGUACGCUUUUAGAGGUGGACACGCUGGAGUGAUGAAACUGCUGAUCGAGACGGAUCGCCCUGGUCCCCACCGACACAUUGAAGCGUCUAACCGAUUCGGAAUAACGCCGCUACUCAUAGCAGUACAGAACGGAAGUAUUCCCAUCGCCACGGCCUUACUCGAGAAGGGCGCCAACAUCGAGGCAGAAAACAAGGCAGGGCAGAGAUCUCUAGCUCUAGCCGCCAUAUACGGCAAUGGGGCCAUGAUGCGUCUGCUUUUAGAUAAAGGAGCUGACAUUGACGCGAAGGAUAACGAGGGUUUCACGCCGCUCAAUACAGCCGUCAUGUGCCGACGCCCCGAAAUUGUUGAGCUGCUCUUGGAUAGAGGAGCCAACAUGGAGGCAGCAAACGCGCAAGGGCGGGCACCCUUGGCUGUAGCAAGCAAUCGCGGUCUGGAGCCGACGGUCCGCUUGCUUUUAGCAAAGGGGGCUGAGAUCGACGCGGGACACAAGACCGAUUACACGGCACUCGCCGGAGCUAUUGACGGCCUACACCCUGAAGUCGUCCAAUUGCUGCUAGACAACGGGGCCGAUGCAGGCAAGCUAUUGGCGUCUACGGGCACGAUUUUGAGGAACCCCGCUGGCCAGGGCUUUGAUAUGGAUGACGAUAAAGUCAGGGCAAGAUAUGAGAAAGUCGAGGCGCUGCUGGAGGGAAUCGGGUACGGUCUGAAAUACUGGUCCAGCAAAUCGAAAAAGGGAAAGAGAAAGAAAAGCAGUCGGGCGGCAGAAAACGCCCCCUUCCCAUUUUGA